GUGCGUCGGAGCCUCAGGGGCAGUGGUGGGCCCGCUCGCCCUAAGAUCUCACCAUCGCCAUGAACAAUAAGGAAUGCUUCAAGUGUGGACGCUCUGGCCACUGGGCCCGGGGAUGCCCUAGAGGAGGAGGAAGUCAAGGGCGUGGAGCUAGAGGCCGUGGCAGAGGUUCCCAGUGCAGUUCCACCAACCCGUCUGACAUCUGUUACCGCUGUGGUGAGUCUGGUCAUCAUGCUAAGAAUUGUGAUCUUCUCGAGGACAUCUGCUACAACUGUGGGAGAAGUGGCCACAUCGCCAAAGAUUGUACUGAGCCUAAGCGAGAGAGAGAGCAGUGUUGUUACACUUGUGGCAGACCAGGCCAUCUGGCUCGUGAUUGUGACCGUCAGGAAGAGCAGAAGUGCUACUCUUGUGGUGAAUAUGGCCACAUUCAGAAAGACUGCACCCAAGUCAAAUGCUACCGGUGCGGUGAGAUUGGCCACAUGGCCAUCAACUGCAGCAAGACGAGUGAAGUCAACUGCUACCGCUGUGGCGAGUCUGGACAUCUGGCCCGGGAAUGCCCCAUUGAGGCUACCGCUUAAUUUUUUUUCCUUUGUCCCUCCCUCCUUUUGUUGAUAGAUAAUUGUAUUAUUUUCUCUCAAACCAUUUCACUGACCAAAAGUUGAUAGAUGGAGGCUACUCCCAGGCUAGGAGGAAAGGGCUGGAAAAAAAAUCUCCAAAUAA